AUGUACACCAACACCAUAACGUCAGUGACAAUCACGUCGGCGACCGCCAACGCCUCGUCAGCCAGCGCCACAACGACCGCCAGUGUCAAAUCAAUCGCCAGCGCCACGACGACCGCCGCCAACGCCACGUCCUCGUCACCACGACGUCCUCAUCACCAUCACGACUUCCUCGAUCACCAAUACUACGUCGACCACCACCCGCACGAAUUCGACGACCACCGCCCGCACGAAUUCGACGACGACCCCCACCACCACCACGAAUUCGACGACGACCACGUCGUCGAUUUAUUACCUUUGUUAACAGGAAUGCAACAAGGUUAUCAAGGUCAAGGAGGAUAUUCACAGUAUCCUCAAGAUCAAUAUGGGCGAAGUGCACCAAGCUCUUUAGGGCAAGAUUUUAAUCAGCAGUAUUCUCCAUCUAGUUCAUACUCAACAAAUCGAGGAAUGUACCCUCCAUACGGUCCUGAUGCUGAUAGAAACUACAAUCAGGGUGGUUCUACCAGUCAGCCAUCGACAGGAAUGCAACAGACUGGUACACAGGACCCAUACCGUUACAUGCCCCCAUCUCAGCCUCCUGUAUAUCCUGCACGUGCAGGUUAUGGUGGGCCCCCAGCUCCGCCAUCAGGACCUAACAACCAACAGCAGCCUCCUGCUGCAUAUCCUGGUCAGCAAGACUAUUAUCGUCCAGAUCAGGUAUAUCCAGGAGGUCAACAAUCAGCAAGUGGGGGUCCUGGAGGUCAGAUGUAUCCUGCUGGACCACAUAAUAAAUCCAUGCCACCACCAGCUCAGCAGCCACGCAGACAUCCUGAUUUUGCUAAAGAUCAACCGCAAGCUCCAUAUCCACAAUAUGGACAACAAAGACAGCCAGUGUAUGGAUGGUCUGGUAACAACACUCAAUACCGAGGCCAGUUCCCUCCACAAGGCCCUGUUCCCCAAGGCUCCCAGCAGUGGCCCCAGGGGCCUCCAAGACCUUCAGGUCCUCCAGGUGCACAAGGUUCUUCUAAUCAGUGGGAUCAACAUCGCUAUCCUGCAGCUGGACAGUCAGCUUACCAACAGCCUCCACAGUCUCAGCAACAGUGGGUACCAGGCAUGGCCACACCAGGUGUAGGCCAGAGCUCACCUUUACGGACACCAAUGGGCCCUAGAGGACCUUACAGGCCAGAGGGCAAGUCCUUCCCUAUUUCAGCACCACCUGGAGGAAAGGGUCAUUCUGGUGGAAUGCCAGUUUCAUCCCAGUAUCCAGCUCAGUCAACUCCAAAGCGAGAAAUUGUGUUCCCGCCAGAUAGUGUUGAAGCCACUAUGCCAGUAUUGUACAAGAGGAAGCGUAUGACUCGUACUGAUGUCUCCCCUGUGGAAGCCUGGCGCUUGAUGAUGAGUUUACGUUCUGGACUUCUUGCUGAAAGUUGUUGGGCUCUUGAUGUGUUAAACAUACUUCUCUUUGACGACUGUACUGUGGCAUAUUUUGGAUUGGCACAUAUGCCUGGACUUCUUGAUGUGUUGUUAGAACACUUCCGCCGCUCCCUGGCAGACAUGUUUGAUGCUCCUAUCUCCUCUUCUGCAUUUUCCAGUAAUACAGAUGAUCAGCCUGAUAAAUGGUAUCAUCAUGUGAAAGUGGAAUCAGCUGAUGUGGAUUUAGGAUCUGUUACCACACCUUUAGAUCCAGAAGAACGUGUGUGUAUUCUUCAGUCGACUGCAAACUACACUUUGCUUACUAGAAAAGGAGAACCUGUGAAAAUAGUUAAUAAGGAAAGUGACAUUUUUGUUCUGGAUAAUCGGAAAGUAUGGGAUGUGGAUGGUGAUGUUGCUGAUGAAAAUGUUACUGCAGAACUGGAACAAGACCCAUGGCAGCUUGCAACUUCUGACAAUAGCACCACAAAAUACAUAGUUACAUGUUUCCAGGGAGAAUUUGGCAACGUACCAUUUGUUCGUGUGCUACCGCACAAAAGACUGCUAAAUAUUAAAGGAGAUGUGCCAAACCUUUCAGAUAGUUCUGAUCGGUUUACAGAAUUGUCUGUCUGUGAAGAGGCAGUGUCUCUGAAGAGUGUGAAAGCAGAAGUGGAACAGGAAUCUGAUAAUGCUAGUGAACAGUCACUUACUGUAAGUAAGGAAGAAAACACCAACAGCCAAGAUUGUGUUUACUCUGCUUCUGAUCGUAAAAAUUGUGACAAGAAAAAACGGACUAAUAAAACGUUAAGUGAAGUACUUUCUCGAAUUAAAAAAGAACCAGUUGAAAUGAAUGACCUUCUUUCUCGAGAAAUCAAAGAAAAGGUUGAGAAAAGUGAAAUAGUGCCCACAAUAAAGAAAGAUGAGGCAAACACUUCCGAUACAGAACAAAACGUUGUGGACAUGGAUAGCGGCAGUAAAAGUGACAAAGUGUUGGAUUCUGUUGAAGAUGGAGUAAAUGGUAUAUCAUUUGAAAAUGGCACAAACAGUAAUAACAGCAAUGAUUCAGACAAAAUUAAUGACGAAGCUGAAGGAUCAUCUGAAACUACCACGGACCAAAUGCUCAAAACAGAAGAAAAGAAGUGUGAAUCACCAUUGCCAUCAGAAGAGCCCAAAAAACCUGUGCUGAACAUUCGAGACCCUGCAGGAACAUUAAAACGUAGACGUAUGUCUGAUUAUGAAGAUGAAUGUUAUACUCGUGAUGAAGCCAGUCUUUAUCUUGUGACAGACACACAGGACGCUUUAGCUAGGCGAUGUGUGUGCCUUUCAAAUAUUUUGCGUAAUCUCACUUUUGUUCCUGGAAAUGAAGUAGAGUUUGCUAAGAACCCUACUUUCCUUGGUCUGUUAGGGAAACUUUUACUCCUUCACCAUGAACAUCCAGCACGAACAGCAAAGCAGCGCAAUUACGACAGGGAAGAAGAUGCAGAUUUUGGUGAUUCCUGUUCUAGUUUGCAGGGGGAAAGUGAAUGGUGGUGGGAUUUCCUUCAUCAUAUAAGAGAGAAUGCACUAGUUACAGCAGCAAACAUUGCUGGCCACAUGGACUUGGGUCAGUAUCCAGAGGAAAUAUCUCGGCCAGUUCUGGAUGGCUUAUUGCAUUGGGCAGUUUGUCCAGCAGCACAUGGUCAAGACCCAUUCCCUACCGUAUCAUCAUCUCUCUCUCCCCAACGACUAGCUCUGGAAGCACUGUGCAAAUUGUGUGUUACUGAAAACAAUGUCGAUCUAGUAAUUGCUACACCUCCAUAUUCUCGUUUAGAAAGGUUGUGUGCGGUUUUAACUAAACUGCUGUGCCGGGGUGAAGAGCAAGUGUUGCGUGAAUUUGCUGUGAAUUUACUGCAUUAUCUCGCUGCAGCAGACAGUGGUGUGGCACGCACUGUUGCAUUGCAAAGUCCUUGUGUGUCAUUAUUAGUUGCUUUCAUUGAGCAGGCUGAGGCAAGUGCAUUAGGUGUGGCGAAUCAGCAUGGUAUCGGAGCUUUGCGAGACAAUCCUGAUUCAAUGGGCACAAGUUUAGAUAUGCUACGUCGUGCUGCUGGAACUUUGCUACAUUUAGCCAGACACCCCGAUAACAGACCGUUGUUCUUGCAACAAGAGCAAAGGCUACUUGCUUUAGUAAUGAGCCAAAUAUUGGACCAUCAGGUGGCCUCCAUUAUUUCACGCGUCCUCUUCCAGUGCUCUAGAUCUCUUCUUGAGCAUGGCAACAGUUACACUUCGUAGUGAAUGGUAUUUAGUUGUGUUAAUUCGAGUGUGAGGGCUUGCUAUUUCAUAGUUUGCCUGAGGUGAGGAUGCUUCUGUAGAUGUUUUAACUGUUGUAACUAAAAUUUUUUAUCAUAUUAUUUGCAGUAAAUUUAUUCUGAAAAACCUAGAAGAUUUUUAAAUGAAAAGUUUAUUUCACAUUACCAUAGUGAAUGAAUUGCGAUAAGCACCUCAACUGGGAAUUGUGAUGAACUUUACUCUUGUCUAUAGAGUAUCUUAAUUUAAAAGAACUGAGAUUUAUUAUGAAUGGGACAGGUAACUACUUGUGCGAUUGAAUGAUGGUAAUAAUUGCUGCUGCCAAAACAAAACGAGUACCAUUCUUCCAACCAACUCCUGUACUAAUUCAUGCACUGCAAUUAAUUCACCAAGUGUGUAUUCACUGCCACUAACCUUAACACAGCCGUUGUUUGCCAUGUCAUCUGACACUUUGCCUUCCUCAGGAUUUUGGUCUUUCCCCUUCCUCACAUUUCUUUUUACUUUUUGCCUAAUCACACUUCUCCAAUGCUAUUAGCAUUACAACAGUUCCGCCCUUUUGUUAUUCCUUGCCUCCCUCAUUUGCUUAUAUUUUGAAACAUUCUGCUUGAGGUACUCUGGUUUUUUCCUUCCUCAUGGUUUUGCAUCAACAGUUCUUGACUGCUAGUUAAAAAUGUACUAGUUGGUCUUUGUGUUCUGUAUAUUUUUCCAGCCAUUUCCCUUUCAUGUACACAAAUGAACAUUGAUUCUGGUAUGCAAGUACCAUCACUAGUGCUGUAUUCUUUCAUAAUUGUCCUGUCAUUUACAGGAAAUCGUGAAAAAUGAGAAAAGAAAUAGGUAGAAAAUGAGUAAACUCAUAAAUUAUAGCUUAUUGGGUCAUUAAGUGAAUGUAAAAUGUGUAUAAAGUGAUUCAUUGCAAUUGAUAUGUGGUUUUACUACUUUUGAAAAGCCAUGUUCCCCAAAUUUGAACAAAUUCCUUUUUGCUGUUGUCAUUUAAGUUGUAAUGUAAGGUAUAGCCUUUUGCCUUGUCCUCUGAUAAUUUCACAUUUGUAAACUGAAGCUAGGGUCCUUUUUGUGCAGCUGUGAAGAAAAUGUGCAUGCGUGUGACUGGUAUACAAUGUAGUUAUUAAAACUGUGUACAAAACAUAAAGUGAGUUGGAUGCAAGAUGAUAGGUGAACUGCAGGGACUUAGUAAGUAUGUGUUCCUUGUCAGGCAACUUCUCUUAUUGUAAAGAAAGUGAGUGAGAAUAUAGGAUCCAAUGAAGCCAUUACUGAGACUGAAGGUGCCACUUCAGCUACAUGCGCUGAACUCUUAUGUAGUUGAGUGAACAUUGACGUAGCUUGUUAUAGCCUCAAACAAGCAAGAUUUAUUUUUACCUUGGGAGAAAUAGAUUGGAUUUGUUUGUAUAUCUUUGUUUUCUCCUGUGUUAAUGAAAAUCAUGCGAAGUUCUAUGGUUGAUUAGUGGACCAUUAGCUCUGUAUCUUGUUCAUAUCGCUCUUGUCCACACCAAUCAUAAGAGCUGCUGUGUUACUUUGGCAAAUGUGUACCUACCAAUCCCACUUAUAUUUUUACAGAGAUUUGUGAAAAGUUCCCAGAUUAUCUUUUUUUAUAUGUAACUUUUUAAUUUAUGACACCUCUGGAGGGAUAAUGGUUGUGUGUGCGUGUGUUUGUGUAUGUGUGUGUACAUAUAAUAUACCUUUUAAAAAUAAAUGAAAAAUAAAAGAUUAGAUCUUCUGUAGAAAUCAGCACAUGCCAAGAAACAUAUAUUAUUUUGUAAACUGCUUAUGCCGACGUUAUUCUUCUUUCCACCACCAUCACGAAAACAAACGGUUAAAUUAAAAUAUUGUAUUUAUAUGUGAGAUUUAUAAGUCCUCAAAGUUAAAGCACAGACUGAAUACUGUUUACAAACGUAAUCAGUUUGAGAUUUUGGGUUUGUGAUUAUGAUAAAGCCCUCCUUAACAUCGUCUCAAGUAUUCCUGACUUUUCUCAUUCAUAUUUCUGAUGUAAAGAAAAUUCUAAAGACAUAAUGCGCUCUCUCCCAUGAGGUAUACCUGUUGCAAGAAAUUCUUCCUAGUCCAGAUCUUGUUUAAUAGCGGAGAAAAAGGAAAUUUCCUAUACCCUUUAUGUUGCCGUGUAUUCCUUUCAUAUUUGGUAUUUACUUGUGCAAAUGCUUUAUAUAUGUCUGAAUACUGAAAUCAGAAAUAAAUGUACAUAAGAAAAUAAUGAGUCUGACUUAUUGUGAGAAGGGAACAUUGCAACUCAUUGUACUAAUAGUAUUAUCAAAAAGAAUUUAUUCAUUGUUAUAUAGUAGCAUGUAUUUAUUAGAGAAAACCAAAUAUUGUUCCCAGUGUUACCAUAGCAACCAUGGGUAGCAAGAAAUCUUAAAAUAAAUGCGAGAUACCUGCAAUGCAAACUCUUCAUGCUGAUAUAUAUCAAGACUAUAUCUGCCAAUGUGGCAGGGGGGACAACAUUCCAUGUUGGUUGGUGGGGGUAUGUGUGUGUGUGCAAUUUUAGUGUACAAUUUUAUUUGUAUCUUUCCUUUCUUAGGACUCAGAAAUUGAUACAGUGUAGUUAAUGAAUGAUCAUUGUCAUAAUUAUUAAAAUUCUGUUAAUUGAUACAUAAUGAUUGAACAAAUUCAUCUUGCACAUGGGAUGUGUCAGAAAUUUCUGUGUACCUCAAUGCAGGCAGAUGGAAGAUUCAGUGCUUUUAAAGAACUGCUCUCUUCCUGCCCAUUUGUUUUCAAACAUUUUUACUACUGAUGUACAAUAUACCAAACAGGCAAAGGUUCAGAAUUUAAUUUGUUAGUUGGUGAAACCAGAUACAAAUAAACUGUCAUAUACCUAAUACUCGAAUGUCUUAUUGAAAUUGAAUAUUGAUUAUGAAUUCCAUAUCAGCAAGCUUCAAAAUUUAUGGAAAAUAUGUUGAAUCUCACUUGUAUUAAUUAAGAUCUAACUUGUUGUUAAUGAAUCCCAGCAAUAUUUGGCACUUAAAUGCAGCACGACUACUUAGCAAGAUUUGUGGGUUCAGCAAUUCUUUCAAUUUACACUUACAAUUUACAUUUGUUUGUGAUAGACAUUUCAAAUUUCCACCUGUGGUAGCCGCAGAGGAUAUAAAACACUAAUAUUUUUGACAUGCUGCUGAACAAAGUUAAAAAAAAUUUAACAUUAAAAAUAUGGCUGAAUUGUUUAAUUAUCUGCGAGCCCGUUUUUUGUGUACGUUUAUUACAAAUGGUCAUAUUUUUUGUAGCAGCGACCUAAUUUUUUCUCUAAAGUUGUGAUAAUUCCAUUUAAUUUAGAAAUAAUUUUGCUUUAACUGCAUGUAAUGUCCAAAUCUGGGUAAUUGUUGCAAUUAAUUCCUAAGUUAGUGAAAAUUAUCUUCUAACUAGCCUGAACUGUUGCCUGUAGAUGUUGCUAACCAGAGGUUAAAAGAAGACUUAGUCUUCAUGACUUUUCCAAUAUGCUUCAGUGAUGAAUCUUGUAUGAAGUUCAUCAUUAAGGGUAAUUUAUUACAUUAAUGACAUUACAUUAACUGUCAGUUGACAAAAAUGAUUUCCAGCAUUCUGCAUGUUGUGACUUCAUGAUUAGGGAUGUAAAUAUUUGCUAUUUAUGUUGUAUCUAAUUGUAAGAAUAUUAGACAUUUUAUAAUGCAAGGUACAUAUUAAAGAAUUUCAUUGAGAAUUACUGCGAGACAACUGUCAUUAACACAUCAAUUAUCUGGGAAUACAAUUAGUAGGAAUUUUAAUUAUAGGACUGAAAAGUAUUUAUUUGAAGUAUAGACCCCCAAUAAAAUUGAUUUGUUUCAUCUUAUCAAAAUUAAGGUUUAGAUCAUUAAUUAGAUCGCUGGUGGGGUAGAUACCUUCUAAUAAUUAAAUAUGGUAAACAAUCAUUAGCAAAAUAAAUUUUUGAAUACAG